CAUACGUCAUACGUCAUUCGAAUUUUUUUUCGUCGCUCGGAUCAGUGUGGAAGUUUUGAGGUGCUGAUUAUUUCCACGCAGACGGCCAUCUUAAGGCAGCAAACUUGCUAAAGCAAACCAAACCAUAGUGCAAUAAUCCGGUAAUUGACAAAUAGCCCUUGCAACACCUUGUCUUAAGUUAUUUGCUCGCUUAAAUACAAAUCCUACAUAACACAUCCCAUUCCCACCAAACCAAAAACCCAUCAAAAUUAUGGUCAGCGUAAAGGUCAACGGAAAUCAACAGAAUCGUUUAGCAAAUAACCAAAAGGUCAACGGCGGCAACAUGGCUUUCCGUGGUAACCAGAACCGUAAUCGCAAUUUCGGAGGCGGCAACAACAACUAUGGCGGGCCCAUGAACGCCAACCGCAUGGGCGGUAUGAACAUGUCGCCCUGGGAGUCCCAGAAUCCCGGCGGCGGACAAUUUGGAAACAACAUGCGCCAGGGCGGCGGUCAGAUGAACGCCCAGGCCAUUAACCUGGCCAGCAAUCUGCUGAACAACCUGUUCAGGAACCAGAACCCACCUUCGCUCCUCGAUUUGCCCCGCGGCGGCGGCGGCAUGGGAAAUCGCAAUCAACGCGGCGGCCCGAUGGUCAGUCGCGGCGGCGGUGCCGGCAAUCGUCUCAAUAACCGUCGUGGCCAGGGAGGUGGCUUCCAAAAUCGGGGCGCCACUGGUAGUGGACCCAAGCCCCCGCAAAAGCAGGGCGGCGGCGGUAUUCGCAAGCAAAAUGCUUUUGAUCGUGCCAAGAAACUUUUGGCUAAAAAUGCCAACCAAAAUAAAAAGAAGGAACCCACUCCUGGCGAAAAGAAAAUCGAGAGCCCCACCAAGGAGUCGCCGUACGCUAGUGUGCCGAACGACAUGUUCUACUGUCAUCUGUGCAAGAAGCAUAUGUGGGACGCCAAUUCGUUCGAGAACCACAUCAAGGGACGCACCCAUCUGAUGAUGCGCGAGGGCAUCGAGGAGAGCUACCGCCUCAAGGCCAACAUGAUCCGCCAGGAGGCCAAGAUCGCCGAGCAGCUGAAGUCGAUCGAGUUCGACCGCUUGAAGCGCAUGGGCAAGAGCAAGCAGCGCCAGCUGGACUACUGCACCAUGUGCGACCUGAACUUCCAUGGUCACAUCUCGACCCAUCGCAAGUCGGAGGGCCAUUUGCAGCUGAAGAAGUUCCUGCACCCCAAGUGCAUUGAGUGCAACAAGGAGUUCGCCACUCGCAUCGACUACGACACGCAUCUUCUGUCCGCCGAGCAUCUGAAGAAGGCCGCCGAGAGCAACACCAAGGUGGGUGAGCGCAAGCGCCAGACCCUGCCUAUCAGCACCGAGGAGGAGGAGACCCGCGAUCUCCGCCUGCCCCAAAAGCGCAAGAAGAAGCCGGCAAAGAAGGAGGGCGAUGCCGCCGAUGGCGAGGCCAAGAAAGAUGGUGCCGGCGGCGAUGGUGAGGCUGCCGAGGGCGAGGAAGGCGAGGGCGAAGAGGCCAAGGAGGGUGAGGAGGCCGCCGACGAGACCAAGGAGGGCGAGGAGCUCAACGAGAGCCAGGAGGAGGAGGAGGUGGCCCUGCCAGUGGAUCCCGAGGACUGCAUCCUCGACUUCACCGACGGCGACGAGAUUCCCAGCGAGGUGGACACCCGCCUGCCCAAGUACAACUGGCAGAGGGCCGUCGGCCCCGGCCUGAUCUCCAAGCUGGAGUGCUACGAGUGCUCGGUGUGCAGCAAGUUCUUCGACACCGAGGUGACCGCCGAGAUUCACUCGCGCACGGCCACCCAUCACCGCAACUUCCUGAAGUUCAUCAACGAGAAGUCGAGUGACACCAAGAUUGCCCAGAAGCGUGCCGCCGCCGCUCUGGAGGAGAACGAGCGCAAGAAGCGCAAGGUGGAGGAGACAGAGACCCCGGCCGCUGACAACGCCGGCGCCGAGGAGGCCGCCGAGGGAGCCGAGGGUGAGCUGUACGAUCCUUCGGAGGCCACCGGCGACGACGAUGACAUCGAGAUGGUGGAAGAGAAUGCCGAGGGCGAGGGCGAAGGAGAAGGCGACGAGGAGAUUGAAGGCGAGGGCGAGGAUGAUGGCGCUGGCCAGGACAAUGGCGAGGAAGAGAUGGAGGCCCAGGAUGAGGAGCAGGAGGCCGAGCCAGAGCCCGAACCGGAGCCCACUCCGGCCAAGGCGCCGGCACCCGUUGAACCAGCUCCCGUGGCCAAGACGCCAGCCAAGGCCGCGGUCAAGGCAGCCGCUCCGGCCACGCCCACCGCUGCCGCCCCAUCGACGCCAGAUGCCUCGCCGUCGCCGGCCAAGAAGGCAACGCCCGCUCGGGCCGCCGCCGGUCCGAAGGCCACGCCGCAGCGCCAACGCGCUCGCGGCCGCUACAACCGCUACUAAGUAGACGUCGGCGGAUUUCGUAGCUUAACUUAACAUACACUUAAACUCUAUACAAGAAAAAAUAUAUAUACAUUCACGCCCAGGAGGAGGAUGAAGAACAGAUCAAACGAUCUCUUCCCGCAAUUUGACAUUUGCAUCCCAAUUUGCAUAUACACUGAAUGAAAGGAAACCAAGAGGACAAGCAACUUUACGUUGAAACAGUUGACUACAUUGUAACUGAAGACGAAAUUCUUGAUACUGUGACGAGUGGGAGAGUACAGACAACUUGAUUGAAUCGAUUUCCACAUGAAUUACACCCAAUUCCCCCCUCCUAGCUCUGCAUAGACCAUACCAGCCAACCACCAAUCAUUCAGCUUAUGUAAUCAUACAAUUUUUAAAAUAAACAAAGAAACAAAAGUAGUUGUAAAACAAAUAA